CAGCGAAAUUCCGGGCGGUUUUCGAUGGACAGUUGGGUCCGGCCAGUCAGUGGUUACAGGCCGACAUGUUGGUGAUGUUUUAGUGAGCGGUAAGCGCGGUGAUAUCUGACGCGUGAUUUAUUCAUGCGUUUUUAAACGCGUGUUCGAUACGAAAAGUGUAUCUCGAUCGCGACGCUACAUGUGAAGUGUCCCGUGUGUGACAAGGCUGCAGCUCGUGCCUGGUUUACCCGGCCCAGCGAACAUGAGUUGGGGUACGGAGCUCUGGGACCAAUUCGAGAAUCUAUCCCAGCACACGCAAAAGGGGAUAGAGUUCCUCGAACGGUACGGUCAUUUUAUUCGCGACCGAUGCGCCAUCGAAGUGGAGUACGCCGCGAAGCUCAGACGUCUCGUGAAGAGCUAUCAGCCGAAGAAGAAAGAGGAGGAGGAUUCUCAGUACAGCCCUUGCAGGGCGUUCAAGCUGGAGCUGAACGAGGUGAACGAUCAGGCGGGACAGAGGGAGGUGAUCGCUGAGAACCUCCAGGCGAACGUGCUCAGGGAAUUGAACAUACUCGUGAAGGACUUUAAGGAGGACAGGAAGAAACACCUGCAGGAGGGCGCCAGGCUGAUGGCGACCCUGGCCGGACAGAUCGGUAACCUGGAGCGCGCGAGGAAAGCUUACGAGAAGGCGUUCCGCGAGGCGGAAAGGUCCGUCGAGAACUACCAGAGGGCGGACGCUGAUCUGCAUCUCUCCAGAGCGGAACUGGAGAAGCAGAGGAUGAACAUGACUCUAAAGACACAGCAGAGCGAGGAGGCGAAGACGGAGUACGCGAACCAGCUGCAGAAGACAAACGAAAUGCAGACGCUGCACUAUCACACGGCCAUGCCGGAGGUGUUUCAGCACCUUCAGGAGCUGGACGAGAAGAGAAUAAAGAACAUGCGGAACUACAUGCUGAAGUCCGUGGAGAUCGAGCGGGCGGUCGCGCCGAUAAUCGCGCAGUGUUUGGACGGCAUAGAAAAAGCGGCGAACGAGAUCAACGAGAAAGAGGACACGAUGAUGGUGAUCGAGCGUUACAAGAGCGGCUUCCAGCCGCCCGGGGACUUCCCGUUCGAGGAUCUCUCCGUGGCGAAGACCUACGACAGCAAUAGUCAGUUGUCGCAGCCGGUCAUGCAACCGAUACACAACCACCUGACGGCGAAGGGCACCGUUUCCGGUGGCAAGAUUAAGAAGAGGGUCGGCCUGUUCGGCAUAUUCAGUAGCAACAAGAAAUUGAUCGAGGUGUGCAUAGCUUUGAAGAACAACGUGCCUGGAUACGGGGACGGAGCGAAGGAGGACUACAGCGAUCUGCCUCCGAAUCAGCGCAAGAAGCGGCUGCAGCAGAGGCUCGACGAGAUCCAGGCGAAGAUCCAGCAGGAGACGGCGGCGAGGGACGGUCUGAUGAAGAUGAAGGGCGUGUACGAACAGAACCCGGCACUGGGCGAUCCGAUGAGCAUAGAAGGACAACUGAAUCAGUCGAGCAACAAGCUGGAUAAACUCGGCGCGGAGCUGGCAAAGUUCCAAGGUUAUCUCGAGGAAGCAAUGCGCGCUGGCGUCAGUCUGUCCAGCCCGAGUCAAGCGCCAAGGAAGCCCACUAGCAACGGGUCCGCGACCAGGCCAUUGAGUUCAAGAAGAUCCAGCCAUUCGGGCGGAGAGGAGAGCCUCUCGAGAUCGGCGUCCGAUUCCAGCGUGAGCAACGCGAACGCCAACCAGCCGAUACACAAGAAAAGCGCUCCGGGCACGCCGCAGCCCACGCACGGUUCCACGAAUAGCCCGGAAUCUGGUCUCGGGGAAUCGAGGACGUCUCUUCCUGGUAGCGGCGGCGAAGAAUAUUACGUUGACGAGAUCGAUGCUCAGCCACCGUUGGGGACGUGUAGAGCUCUCUAUCCUUUUGAUGCCACUAGCGAGGGGUCCAUACCGAUGUACGACGGUGAGGAGUUGUACAUGAUCGAGCUGGACCAAGGGGACGGAUGGACCCGCGUGCGGCGCAUCUCGCAGCCGAUCGAGGGCUUCGUACCUACAUCUUACAUAGAGUGCCACCUCUAUAACACUUAGCCACUACUCUUAGGACGUUAAACAAUUACGAAGUGGAGAGCCGUGAACGAAGAGAUAGGGUGUGGUCUUUGAAACGCUAUUUCGGUUCAGUACAUUGAACGACAAAGAAAUAAUUAACGCCGCCGAACGGGGUUUCGCGCUGGAGGGUCUUGUGUUGGUUCGCCGCAGGAUUCCCAGGACACUGCUGUGUUACGAAUCGCGGGGCCUAAGCGUUGCAUUAACGAACGAUUUCCGUGCGAAACGUAAACAGUUCUUCUGACGACGACGACGAUGAUGACGACGAUGUGCCAACGGGGUCUAGCUCGUUCGGAGGGAUCGCGUGUGAAACGUUUAGUCAAUUACGCCCAACACACCUCCCUCCGUUCUCCGUUUCGCCGAUCGAGAACGCGAACGUUGAAAAGGAGAACCGGCCCGAGAUUCUCCGGUUUGUCAUCAGCGAGGCGUUCACGUGGUUCGGCUCAAUUCAUUCUGAAUAGGAUAUUAAGAUCGACCGUCCGACCGAAGGAUCGGUCGCGUGCGUGCACACACACCCGAGCGUUGCAUACUUCCGAAGUACAGUACAGUUUUCUACGAAGCACACCCUGGUCGUAAACACGAUCAACCUUGAAGAAAUGUGCCUCUGUACUUUGGUCGUGCACGAGCGAACAAUUUGCGAACACUGCUGAAAGAAAGUAUAACGUACUUUUCAUAUACAUGUACUAUGCGCCCCGCCUAUACACACACACACACACACGUGUCACACGGACGACGAAUAACCGCGGUUGUUGUGUAAUUGCACGAUUUUUAUCAAUACUUUGUUUCCCCUGUGUAUCGACUCGAUUGUAAAGCAGGCGACUCACGGACGAUUCACGCUAUCUCCGCCGACGACCAAGAAACCGAUCCGUUCUUAGCGCUUUUAACUAUUCCUUCCUUCUCUAUCUUUUCUUUGUGCAAACGUCGCGAGCCCUGUUCACCGAGCGAUCCGAGACACUUCGACCGCUUUCUCAUUGAAACUCGGACACGUGAGAUAUAAGAUAGCGGAUUAUUAAGGAUCUUCACUUCUCGGUUUCUAGUUAACCAGCUAAGUGUGGAACUUCGUUUGAAAAACCUCUGAUUGCGCGCAAUAAAAUCAAAUGAAGCGUAUACUCGUUAAAGGCCAAACUUAAAAUAUAUCCUAACGAGAAACUAGAGCAAAACGAAGAAUUACAUGUUUGUCUCAAAAAAUAACAUCGUUGAAAAACUUAGCACCAUUAACACAAGCGCCAUGUCAGCCACUGGUGACUGACGCUUCCGAAUGACUAAAAAAGAAUCGUAACAUACAAGACAACCGAUCUGAAAUAAAAAUGUUUAAUAAGGCAACUAAGUUGAUAAUAGUGUAACGCAAACGUUGCAAAACAAUUCAUAAUUAUUCCUCCUUUUCUUUGCUACAAAAGACAGACUCUAUGGGAAAACGCUUAAGAUUUUCGUGGCGCUUAACGUGUUAGCUUUAAGAUGACGUGUAUACUCGUCACUGGUAACUGGUUAACGAAGGAAACCUUUUCGACAUGGGAGUUUCGAUGAGCGUUUAUAUGGCAGUCGAAAUGUUAAGCGCGGAACACCAUGGAUCGGUAAGGUAAAGGAACUAUCGAAAGAGUUUAUUUAUUUUUUCGAUGAACAGGGCGAGAGAAAAGUACUCAUGCAUAUUAGUAUCCGUUUCUUGCCUCUGCCGACGAUAGUAUGCACUACUUUACAAUUCGGUUGAGUCGUUAUUGUCUUCUAUUGUUGUAUUAGUUUAUUAAUCGAUGUCUUCGUUUCUAAACUCGAGAUGAGAGAGUGAUUGAUUAGGUGGUGCUCUGUACAGCAAGUAGACCUCGACGAUUUCGUCGACCGAGUUUUGUUUCUACGGAUAUUGCCUGGAUGUGAAUUUAGUUAGGAUAUAUAUUUCUGUACAUACUGCAAAGGGAAUAUGGGAGGAAGAACGGGAGGAGCGAGUGGUACGCGUGUGAGUGCCAGAUUCGAUGUACCCUGCGAUGGCGUUGAGUCCUUCUUCCGAUCAACGAGGACAGGCGCGAGACGGCGGCGUCGGGAACUCCCCUCGUUUCUCUCUUCUUCCGCGAACGCCGCCGUCUCCGCGUGUCUCGGGGGGAGGGGAGUGCUCAUCCCUUACGCCGUUACAAAGCCUAGAUUCGUCCUAGAUUCGAUUGCGAUGUAUCGGAAUCG